UAAAACUCAGUCACUGUAAUGUCAUUUUGUAUAAAAAGGCCCACAUUUGACAAAUGUGACAUUUAGUGUCAGUGAAAAAUGAAGUUCGUUACUUCGUUGUUUGCAUUCAUCUGUAUGAUUGUGGUCGCUUGGGCCGAUAUGUUUCCCCCACGACCACCCCCAGGUGGAAGACCUCCAGGCCCACCAGGAGGCCCAGCACCAUGGAAUUUCACUAGCGGCCUCACUCCUGCUGGAUUUCCAAGCACCACAACCACCACCACCACCAGUAGCCCCAUGCCACCAGCUCACAUGGCAGCACCUCAAAUGCCACCACCUAGAAACUUCAAAUGAACCUGAGAAUGAAACAUGGACUUUAAAGAAAUUCUUAG